AAAAAAAAAAACCCAAGAGGCAGCGCCACUGGCGCGUUAUGAAGUCUCGCGAGACAGAGACGAAGACAGGGCGAGAUCAAGUCGCAGACGGAGGAAGGCAAGAAAAAGAGGGAGAUCUUGACAAACUAAUAAAACCCAUUAAAAUGUCGGGACGGUCCGUGCGAGCGGAGACGCGCAGCCGUGCAAAAGAUGAUAUCAAAAAAGUGAUGGCGGCAAUUGAAAGGGUCCGUCGGUGGGAAAAAAAGUGGGUUACAGUGGGAGACACAUCAUUAAGGAUUUUCAAAUGGGUCCCGGUUACAGAGACUAAACAGAUAUACAAGCCUAAAGCGUCAGGGACUGCAGUGAGGGAACUGAAGGGCUUUCCUACAGAUGUAGUGUUGGAAAACGCCCGCUCUGUGCUACUGGAUUUUCAGGAUGACAACAGUAACCAGAGUUUCCUGUCAGAUGCCUAUCAGUCUAAUACCAAAGUAGACAGCAGCAGCAACUCCAGUCCGCAACAUGUCAGUGAGGCGGUGAGCCCUUCUCAUGCACCCUACUUCCGUACAGAGGAUUCCCAGCCACCGACCCUGGGACAGGAGACCAUGGAUGCAGAGAGAGAGGCAUCAACAACCAGCAGUGAGGUGACAGAUGAGCCCCCGACUCUAAUUAAAGAAGAUGUGUUAUCUCUCUCUACUCAGGAGGAAGAGGAGGUGAUUGGAGCCCCACCGCUCAAAAGAGUCUGCACUGAGCAAAACUCAGCUCUCAGCUAGCACCACCAUGCUGACCACCGCAGGUCAAAGGUAUAGAAGCAUUUCCGAAAGAGACUAAAAUUGAAGAGACUUUUUACAACCUGCCAAAUGCCUGAGAUUCACUUUUACAGUAUACGAUCAAGAAACAAAAGCUUGAAAUGUUUUCUUUUUUGUACAUUAAAAAAAGAUCAUCUUAGAUCUUGUCAGGUAUUUUCUUAUGAAGGUAAAGCAGUUUGUAUUGCAUCUUGAAAAUAAACUGCCAUAUUGCAUGUUUCUCAAUUUAAAUUGAGGAAGGACUUUGUCAGUAUAAUAAAUGUGACUGCAUGGAGUAAUAAGUGAUAUAUACAGUACGGCAAAACAGCUGAAUUUUAAACUGUUAGCUUGUUUUGCGUUUGUGGCAUUUCUAACUAUUUUAAAAAUAGGUUUUAUUGGCCUGUUUUAUUGAAAAAAUACUCAAAUACACACAUUUAGGGAUCUUUUAUAUAACAUCUGUUAUCCGUUUCUUGAUUUGUUUAUUGUUUUUCAAUGUACUGCAUCCAAUUACCAUACUUUUUAUUUAAAAAAAAAGAAGGAAUGGUUUAUAAAUGUUAAGGUCGCAGAUUUGUAUUUUUUAAAUACGAAGACUUUCACUUUCCAUAGUAUUUGAAGUUUUUUUUUUUCAAAUAAAAUAAAUAAAUAAAUAUCUGUGUAUGAUCCAUGUGAUGCUGCCUGUUAAAAAUGUACCUGGACAUUUUCACUAUACAGAUGGAAAUAAAACCUAUUUGGAUGUA